AUGGCAACCCUCGGAGGCUACCUCAACAAGAAAGUCCUCAUCGUGACGUCGGAUUCGCGAAUCUUGGUGGGCACAUUGGAAGCCGCGGACCAGUCCACGAACCUUGUCCUCAGCAGUGCCCAAGAGCGAGUCAUCCAAACCCCCGAGAGCAGCGAACCCUCUGUCGAAGUGCCCCUCGGCCUCUAUCUCGUCCGAGGCGACAAUGUCUGCACGAUCGGCCUGGUAGACGAGGCACUAGACGAGAGCAUUGACUGGACCCAAGUCAAGGGUUCUGCUAUUGGAGGAACCAAGCACGUAUGA